AUGUAAUAAUAAUAAUAAACAAACUAGUAGGAACUAAGAUAGAUUUUUUAGUUGUUUUCUUAAGAUGGAGGAGAAGAUAUAAAUAUAGCUCAAAUAAAUUAAUUGAUAAAAGAUUUAGAAACAAUAAAUAUGGAUUCUUAAACAAUUAAUGUACCUUUUUAACCAGGAAGAAGAUUGGCUAAAAAAGGAAAUUCAAAUGACAACUUAGAAGAUGGUUAAAAAGAUAGUUCUCCUAAAUCCCCAACUUAUGUAUCAGUAACCGAACUAAAGUAUAUAAUUAUUCACACAUAGAUAUUUCCCUAAUAAUAAGACAACUAUGUAAUUUUCAGAUUUUUCUGAACUUUUUAAUGAAUGUAUGUCUAAUAAAGACUAACAUGAUGAACUAUUAGAAAGCGCAUUUGCUAUUUUUGAUUAUGAUAAAUCUGGUCAUAUUGAUUCAAAAAAAAUAAGGAAAGUAUUUUAAAAAUUUAAGGAUAAUACUAAUGAGGAAGAAAUUUAAAGUAAUUAUAAUAAUAUAUUUAGAUGUUUUAAAGUUUUGUGGAGUGCUACAUGAUUAAAUGUCAUUAUAGGAAUUUAAGGAAUUUUUUAAGAAGAAUUUAUGA